AAUAGGGUGGAAAGCCAAGAGCCUUUCGAUGCUGGUGUGGUAUGUGCUGUUAGAGUUGAUGAUAAUGGCCCUUACGUGGCUAUCGGGCGAUCAGUGUUGAGCAGCACUCAGUUGAAUGCGGCUGAGAGUGCUCCUAUGGGAGUAGUCGGCAAGGCUGUUGAGGUCAUCCACAGUGUUGGUGACCAAAUCUUCCAAAUGGGCCCUAAAGGGCGCUUGAUGCCUCCUCCUGCUGAGGGCCAGCCGCCAGUAGAGAAUAAUCUGGGAGGAGAGGAGGCAGAAACUACCUCUCCUGAGGCACCGAGUGAGUGUCAGCAAACACCCGAAAUUGUGAUGACGGAGAGCGAGCCAAUGAGUCUGGCACAAUACGACGAGUUGGUUAGGUGA